GCAUCGAUGCUGCUGUUGCAUUGGCUGCACGGCGUGCAGGACCGCAUUGGUGCUCCCCCCCACCACCUCAUUUGGGUCCCAAACUACACCGAGAUUUGGAAUAUUACGUUACAGUCCUGCUGGAAAAUGGCGACUGUAAUUCAGAAUCCAUUAAAAUCGCUGGGGGACCAGUUCUACAAGGACGCCAUCGAGCACUGCCGCAGCUACAACGCCCGCCUGUGCGCCGAGCGCAGCGUGCGCAUGCCCUUCCUGGACUCGCAAACGGGCGUGGCCCAAAACAACUGCUACAUCUGGAUGGAAAAGUGCCAGCGGCAGCCAGGCAAAGCGGCGGGACAGAUGUACGCCUACCCGGCACGUUGCUGGAGAAAGAAGAGGAGACUCCACCCACCCCUCGACCCACAACUCCGCCUUUGCGAGCUAAGGCUAGAGGCAGAGCUGGCCCCCAAACGUGAGGGCCCCCCUGGGGAGGCAACUGCCUUGGAGGCCCUGCUGAGGGGGGACAACCUCCUGGAGAAAAAAAAUAACCUCUGCAAGGAGGAGGAGACCCUGCUGGAAAUACAGAGGGUUCUCGAAGCCGAGGAAAACGGCGACGGCUUUCAAGAUGACGAAGACUUUGAAGUGGAUACGCCGAAGAGGAAGAACAGAAACAGAGGGAAAAAUAGAGGGUCCAGUCGCAAGAAGACAGAAGCGGCGAGCGUGGACGACCAGGACAAACCUUACGUUUGUGACAAUAGACACAAACAAAAGCAUAACUCAAAAAAGGCUGGAGAAGUCUGUGGGAAGCGCUACAAGAAUCGUCCCGGCUUGAGCUACCACUACACGCACACACACCUGGCCGAGGAGGAGGGCGAGGAGGAGAAGGAAAGCGAUCCGGCCCCGUCUCCACCGCCACGCGCCUCUGAGAACCACAAACCCCAGAAGGGUCCAGACGGUGUCAUCAUUCCCAACGACUACUGCGAUUUCUGCCUGGGGGACCAGGACUCCAACAGGAAAACGGGCCAAGCCGAGGAGCUGGUGUCCUGCUCGGACUGCGGGCGCUCAGGUCACCCGACAUGUCUGCAGUUCACGGACAACAUGAUGCACGCUGUGAGGACGUACCAGUGGCAGUGCAUCGAGUGCAAGUCGUGCAGCCUCUGCGGCACCUCGGAAAACGACGUACGCACCCGACUGUUGCGGUGUGGAAGGUUUGCGUGUGCGGAGGAGGCGUUCACGUGUGGCGUUUGUGUGCAGGACCAGCUGCUGUUCUGCGACGACUGCGACCGAGGAUACCACAUGUACUGCCUGAAGCCGCCCAUGACGCAGCCGCCUGACGGAAGCUGGAGUUGUCACGUGUGUCUGGACUUGCUGAAAGACAAGGCGUCAUCCUAUGGAGAAGCAUAACCCCCUGGAUACAUUGUGGGCGUCUACACCCUUGCAAUUCUGCUACUUACCCUAAAUGCUCUAAUUCCAGCCGCCCCGGAAUGAGAAGACGUGAAGACAAAAGGGGGCGUGAAAAGUCAUCAUAUUAAAAACAGUUCUUUUUGUUACCUUAAAUCAUAAUUUGGAGUGCAUGAGAAAGUCAUUUAUGAAGUAGGUUCCACGACACGCAUAUAGCAACAGAACCAAUGUUGUAUGUUGGUAAGGAGCACUCACACGGACAGCUCAGUAGCAUCUUUAGCAUUUUAAAGCGCAUGCAGAGCUCAGAGAUACCUCAAACGCAGCAACAAGCGACUAUCGGAGCAUUUGGGGUAUUUUUGGACAUCCGUCACAUGACGUCCGCAUACGUUAAGACAGGAUUUCAGGUGUUUUGGGCUACACUGCUUUCAUGUAGCUGAGCCGCCAUUCUACCUCGCCGCAGAUCUUUCCAUUUAGGAGAAAUCGUAAACACGGCGCAUACGCAAGGUAAACACAUCCUUGAUUAGAAACAAAACCGGUUUUGUUGUGACUCCUGUUAUGCAAAUGUGACUUUUCCGCACGGAUCUAAGAGUAACGUGUCCCUAAAUCUAUCAUCGCCUCGCUUUGGAAGUUCUGGCUUGUUUUCAUGAAGCCACCAAGGCUUCGCUACACAUCCUAAAUAAAUAAAUCCCAGAGCUCUGCCGUCUGUCCAUCAGCCAGCCACACACAUGGAAGCUCCAGGUUGUGUUGACUUUUUCUAUACAAUUAAUCUACCGUGUUAGUGCUCAUGUCGUGUGUGUGUGUUUUAAAAUGUUAACACGCCACUGUGACACACUCCACAGUUACACACCUUUUUCCUUGCAUCCUUCAGGCUGUGUAGAUUUCUUAAACCACGUCUGCUUUGUGUGUCCUUGCAGUCCCACGCCACCGAUGCCCAACCUUUACAUUCAUUUGCUUUGCCGCAGACAAUCCUGGGGUGGUUGUGUGUUUUAUAUCUCUGUCUCAUUUGAUGACAGCAGCGUGUCCUAUUUUUCUUAUGUAACUGUUAGUUUUGUUGUAAUAAAGAUUUUUUUUUACAAA